AUGUAUUCAAUAUCGAUCUAAAACUUCUUUUUCAAUAAUUCAAAAGUGGAAUACAUUGUAAAGUAAGUCUUUUCAAUAUUGAUUAGAUUUGAAGGCUAAGAUGAAACAUUUUUAUCAAAAUAUCGUUAUUCUCAAUUAAGAACUUUGGAUGAUUAAUUAGGUAAAACUAAAGUAGACAAACCAAAGUUUCCAAAAAGAUCUUUAUUUGUGAAAACAAAUUAGAAUUUGUCGAGAGUUCAAGAUAGAUAAAUCAAGUUGAAUAAAUAUUUUGAGCAAUUGUGCAUGAUAAGUUCAACUAUGGGUUGUUGCAUUAUACAAGAGUUUAUUCGGGAUGCGAAAAGGAAUAUAUUUGUUACAGAAAUUGCAAGGAAUUGA